AGCAUGUAACAAUAUGAUAUUUACUGGAGGAAAUCCAAUCAAGGUAUGGAUAAUGUAGUGAAUUGUUUGUACUUUAUCUGUUAUCCAAAUUAUUGUAUUAAUCAUUAGUGUUUUUAUUUUAUUUUAUUUUAAACAGGCACAUGGAUUCACAACCAGAGGCAUUGGGUGUGCACUUGACCGAGACUACAGAUGCGAGCAAGACCAAAGCUUAUUCUUCUUCAUCUAGAAAGAGAGGUCCUACUAGGGGUGCUUUUUUACAUGAGCAACCUGAUAGGAAAAAAGUCCUAAAGACGAAUGAAUUCGGGCAACUGAAUGAGGAUUGUCUUGAACAAAAGCAAUUUACAUCGCAUAUCGGUAUCCUCACCCGUACUCAUAUCCCAAUCAUAUACCAGGACUUUCGCCAGGUGCCUCAUGCACACAUUCAAAUGAUCAUAGAGUCAUUGUCACGGGCUUAUGAGUUUGAGGGUCAAAGUUGGGAUGCGAGUCUUACAUAUGUAACAAAACGCAUCAAGGAAACAUGGCGGAAUUAUAAGAAAAGGUUGACUAUAAAAUAUAUUAAAGACAAGGAUCCUGCAGUUGUGAGAGAUAAUCCUCCCCCCCCCCCCCCCCCAGGCAUCCCUAUGGAGGAUUGGUUAGUCUUCGUGAAUCAACAUGGCACUGAGGAAUUCAAGAGAGCAAGCGAAAGGAAUAAAAUCAAUCGGUCCAAGCUAAAAGGACCUGUGUGUCUUAGGAGGAACAGCAUGGCUGUGCCUCACCAUCAGAUGGUGAAGGAGAGGAAUCUUACCUCUGAUGCCGAGAUAGGUAGAUGUGAUGUAUACUUAAGAGCCCAUACAAGCAAGGACAAAGUUGUCCAGUAUCCUGACCUUGUUGAAAAAUUAGAUGAGCUUUAUUCUAGCAAUCCUUCUUCUAAGAUUACCGGUGUUGACGAUGCCCUUACACAGUUGGUUGGUUCUGAUAAUAGAGGGCGAAUGCAGGGUCUAGGUUGCUCAAUAACUAAGACAGGACUGAAGAUGUCAGCCCCUGCCCGUUCAAAGGUAGAGAAUUUGAUAAAAGAAAAGGAUGGCCUAGUACAGGAGAUAUUUGAUAUAAAGAAAUCAUUGGCCAAGAUGGAGGCCUGGAUGGAGUUGCAGCAACACGCACAAUCUACUCAAAACCUCUCAUCACCAACAAUUGUUAAAUCUGCUCAGGCAUCGUCACCGGAUGUUAUAUAUAUCGGUAGGAGAUGCGACUUGCUUGGUUGGGAAAAUCGUGAUGUAGUUGCUCGUGGUCAAGUACAGAAAGUUAAUCCAAAUGCAGUUGUCCAUUACGAACCAUUGGAGGAGGGAGCUUUUGUUGUUACCCUGACUGAGAUUAUACAUCCUGACACUCAUUUGUGGAAAGAAGAUGGGUUUGCAUCUACACUUGGAGAGGCCAGUCCGAGAUCACUUGUGCAAUGGGGGAAGGAAUCUUUGAGAUUUCAAUAAUUUGAACAAAUUUAGUACUCUAUAAUUGAACUUGGUGUGGAUGCUUUUUUUAGUUACUUGAUAUGAUGUUUCGCUUAUUUUUUUUGGUUAAUUUUGAACUAAUUUGGCACUUUAGUUGCUUUAUAUUGAUGAACUCAGAACUUGGUUUGAUUUUUAGUUACUUUAUAUUGAUGUUUCGCUUUUUUUUUUUGUUACUCUAUAUGUUGUCUGGUUUGGUUUUUGUAAUUUUGAAUGAAUUUUAUACUCUAUAUUUAAAUAUAUUAGACUCCAUUUGGUCGUCACAAACCAAAUGGAGCCUAAGCCCCUUUUUAACUCCGCCAAUGCAACUCCUUGCAUUGCCGGUCCCAAGCCUGGGUAAAGGAGGAGGGAGAAUGGGCAUCAAGGUGAGUUGUGUACUUUUCCUUCAUU